GCGCUCCUCUCUUCUCCUCCUUUGCCGCCAGCCUCGGCUCCGGCUCCGGCUCCGGCUCCGUAGUUGGGCAGAGCCCGGGGUUUCAGUUGCUCCCGGGAAGCGCGCAGCGCGCAGGGACUGACCAGUUUGGGGCGGAGGGGGUGGGGGGGCCGGUGGGCAAUGGAGCAGCCCGAGGACAUGACGUCGCUGAGCGAGUUCGACUCCUUGGCGGGCAGCAUCCCGGCCACCAAGGUGGAGAUCACCGUGUCGUGCAGGAACCUUUUGGACAAAGACAUGUUUUCCAAGUCUGACCCACUGUGCGUCAUGUAUACUCAAGGGAUGGAGAACAAGCAGUGGAGGGAGUUCGGACGCACCGAGGUCAUCGACAACACUCUCAACCCCGACUUCGUGCGCAAAUUCAUUGUGGAUUACUUCUUCGAGGAGAAGCAGAACCUCCGUUUCGACCUAUACGACGUUGACUCGAAGAGCCCUGACUUAUCCAAACACGAUUUCCUGGGCCAGGCCUUCUGCACCCUCGGAGAGAUUGUGGGGUCCCCCGGGAGCCGCCUGGAGAAGCCCCUCACGAUAGGAGCGUUCAGCCUGAACUCCAGGACGGGCAAACCCAUGCCGGCUGUGUCCAGCGGAAGUGGUCUUUGGAUGGACAGAACCACAGGCCUGGAAGCCUCUGGGGGUGUCCCAGGGAAGAAAUGCGGCACCAUCAUCCUGUCCGCGGAGGAGCUCAGCAACUGUCGGGAUGUAGCCACAAUGCAGUUCUGUGCCAACAAGCUGGACAAGAAAGAUUUCUUUGGGAAGUCCGACCCGUUCCUGGUGUUCUACAGAAGCAACGAGGAUGGAACGUUCACCAUCUGCCACAAGACCGAGGUCAUGAAGAACACCCUAAACCCAGUGUGGCAAACGUUCUCCAUUCCGGUGAGGGCCCUCUGCAACGGGGACUAUGAUCGGACCAUCAAGGUGGAGGUGUACGACUGGGAUCGAGAUGGCAGCCACGACUUCAUCGGGGAGUUCACCACCAGCUACCGGGAGCUGGCCCGCGGGCAGAGCCAGUUCAACAUCUACGAGGUGGUAAACCCCAAAAAGAAAAUGAAGAAAAAGAAAUAUGUGAAUUCUGGCACCGUCACGCUGCUGUCCUUUGCCGUGGAGUCAGAGUGCACAUUUCUCGACUACAUCAAAGGAGGGACCCAGAUCAACUUCACAGUGGCCAUCGACUUCACGGCCUCCAAUGGAAACCCCUCGCAGUCCACGUCCCUGCACUACAUGAGCCCCUACCAGCUGAACGCCUACGCGCUGGCGCUGACCGCCGUCGGGGAGAUCAUCCAGCACUACGACAGCGACAAGAUGUUCCCCGCCCUCGGCUUCGGGGCCAAGCUGCCCCCCGACGGCCGGGUGUCCCACGAGUUCCCGCUGAACGGCAACCAGGACAACCCGUCGUGCUGCGGCAUCGACGGCAUCCUGGAGGCCUACCACCAGAGCCUGCGCACGGUGCAGCUCUACGGCCCCACCAACUUCGCCCCCGUCGUCACCCACGUGGCCAGGAAUGCGGCCGAGGUGCAGGACGGCUCCCAGUACUCCGUGCUGCUCAUCAUCACCGACGGGGUCAUCUCGGACAUGGCGCAGACCAAGGAGGCAAUCGUCAACGCUGCCAAACUGCCCAUGUCCAUCAUCAUCAUCGGCGUGGGCCAGGCGGAGUUCGAUGCCAUGGUGGAGCUGGACGGCGACGAGGUGCGGAUCUCCUCCCGGGGGAAGCUGGCUGAGCGGGACAUUGUCCAGUUCGUGCCCUUCAGGGACUACGUGGACCGCACGGGCAACCACGUGCUGAGCAUGGCGCGCCUGGCCCGGGACGUGCUGGCCGAGAUCCCCGACCAGCUGGUGUCCUACAUGAAGGCCAAGGGCAUCCGCCCGCGCCCCGCACCCGAGGCCCCCGCCAGCUCACCCUCCCAGUCCCCAGCCCGCACGCCACCCGCCGCCCCCUCCCCCUCCCCCUCCCCCGUGCACACGCACAUCUGAGCCUGGCUCGUGGCCUGUGGCAGCGGCUGGGGCCUGGGGAGGCGGGGGAAGGGUGCCCCGGGUCCCUGGAGCCCCACAGUCCGCCCGGCCCAGCCUUCGGAACCCGUGUGGCGGAGGGCGGGCCUCUGGAGACGCCCUCCCAGGUUCCUGGCCUCGCUUAUGGCCCAAACCCAGGGAGUCAGGCUGAUGGAGCCCUGCUCUCCUCCUCCCCUGACACUCGGCUCUAGUCCAGCCAGGAAGGUGUUAGCAGUCAGGCUGAUGCGGCCCCUCAGCACCCUGGACCGUCCUGUCUGCUCCUCUCGCCGCUGCAGCCGGGGCUGGGCCUCCCUCCUCCAGGCCCCCUCGCCCUCCCCUCCUCCUGCGCUGUCCACUCCGCUACCUGGCCCUGACCCCCACCCCAGCACCUACCCUGCCCCUGUUCCCAGUGAGCCCCGGGAGGCUGACGGGUUGUCAGGAGGCCUGGACAUGGGGCCCUCCCAGGGACACUGGCUUGCAGCAGGGACCCCGCAGCUCCACGAAGGGGCGGCUGUGAUGUGGACCGUAGGCCGCUCGAUGGGUCAGCCACGGAGGCUUUUCAGACGCAAGGUCUUUUCCAUGCCCCCCAGCCCAGCGUGACACUGGUUCGAGACACAGAGCCACAGGCCUCUCUCUGGCCUGUGACCUGUGGGCACCGCAGUUGACUCUGAGCUCCAGGCACCCCUACCUCCCCCCAGAGGCCGCCCAGGGUCCUUGGUGCCCACUCCUCCGCUGCCCACCUAGAGGCCUGGGCCAGGAGCAGCCCAGCCCCGCGCUCCCACACGGCCCCUUCCCCCCUCAGACAGGAGCCAGGGUCCUGGGCUCAGGCCCUGCUGCAGCCCCUGCCUGCUGUGGGAGCCUCGGUAUCCGCAUCUGUAAAGCAAGGGGGUUGACCAGAUGGUCUCAGGGUGACCUUCCGCUCCGAGGCCCUGAGAGUCCAUUCCUCCCAUGCCCCGCCUCCCCAUCCCGCCCCCGCCAGUGCACCCUCCCACCCCAGGCCAUCUUGGCUCUAGGGUCGCCCUCUUCCAUCCUUGGGCUCUGCCACCUGGGCCGGAGCCCCUGCCCCGGCCGUGGGAAAGCGAGGAAGGUGAUCUCACCCCUGGGCGCACCCACUGCCCAGCCUCUCCCCACCUGGGUGCAGGUCAUGCAUGCCGGUCCCUCCUGCCGCAUGGGGCUCCGCAGCCCGCUGAACGUCCUGUGCCUGGGCGCGACCGGCCCCACCCUGUCUGUGCCCGGCACCGCUCCCUUCCUGUCAUGCAUGAUGGUGGAGUUUCUACACUGUCUGGUCCUGUGCCUGUGUCUGAGAGUCUGUGUGGAAUUUGCCUUAAACUGAAGUAAAUUUGGUUCUUUUACUAAA